AUGACUCCUCUGAGAACUUCAUCCGUGUUCCAGUCACUGCUGCUGCUGCUGAGUCUGGUGGCUAUAGUGAAGGCAGGACUAGCAAUCCCACAAAGUCCACUUUGCCCAGAUACUGAGGACAAGGACUUCCCUCAGAAUGUGAAGAUCAACCUAAACAUCCUUAACCGGAAAACAAAUUCCAGAAGGCCCUCAGAUUAUCACAAACGCUCCACCUCACCUUGGGAUCUCCACCGUAAUGAGGACCCUGAGAGAUACCCCUCUGUGAUCUGGGAGGCGAAGUGCCGCCACCUGGGCUGUGUCAACGCUGAAGGGAAGGUAGACGUCCACAUGAACUCCGUCCCCAUCCAGCAAGAGAUCUUGGUCCUGCGCAGGGAGUCUCAGAACUGCCCCCACUCCUUCCGGCUGGAGAAGAUGCUGGUACACGUGGGCUGCACCUGCGUCACCCCCAUUGUCCGCCACCUGCCUUAA